UAUCGUUUAGCAAAAAUGGAAGCUAUCAAGAAAAAGAUGCAGAUGUUGAAGUUAGACAAGGAGAAUGCCAUUGACAGAGCAGAGCAGGCUGAAACGGAUAAGAAGGCAGCUGAGGACAAAUGCAAACAGGUAGAAGAUGAGCUGGUAGCUCUGCAGAAAAAGUUGAAAGGAACUGAAGAUGAGCUGGAUAAGUACUCGGAGGCUCUCAAAGAUGCCCAGGAAAAACUAGAGCAGGCUGAAAAGAAGGCCACUGAUGCUGAAGGUGAAGUGGCAGCUCUGAACAGACGCAUCCAGCUAGUGGAAGAGGAGUUGGAUCGUGCCCAAGAGCGGCUGGCCACAGCCUUGCAGAAACUGGAGGAGGCAGAGAAAGCAGCGGAUGAGAGCGAGAGAGGAAUGAAGGUUAUCGAGAACAGAGCAAUGAAAGAUGAAGAGAAAAUGGAAAUUCAGGAAAUGCAACUGAAGGAGGCUAAGCAUAUUGCUGAAGAAGCUGACCGCAAAUAUGAAGAGGUUGCCCGUAAACUGGUUAUUUUGGAGGGUGAACUGGAAAGAGCUGAAGAGCGCGCAGAGGUGUCUGAAGUUAAAUGUAGUGACCUUGAAGAGGAGUUAAAGAAUGUGACUAACAACCUGAAGUCUUUGGAAGCUCAAUCUGAAAAGUACUCGGAAAAAGAAGAUAAAUACGAAGAAGAAAUCAAGAUUCUCUCUGACAAGCUUAAAGAAGCUGAAACUCGUGCUGAAUUUGCGGAGAGAACAGUUGCCAAACUGGAAAAGUCUAUUGAUGACCUGGAAGAAAAACUUGCUCAAGCAAAAGAAGAGAACUUGGGGUUACAUCAGACACUGGACCAGACACUAAACGAACUGAACUGUAUAUGAAAUGGCAAAGAACUCCCAGCGGCCAACAGACCUGAGACCCGUCUCUGCAUUUACUGUGUCGUUUCUCUCUCUCUCUCUCUCUCUCUCUCUCUCUUUCGUAUCCUGGAUAAAACCAGUUAAGUUAUGAACAGAGCAGACGCCCUGAGGGCUUCGGGUCCCUCCAUGGGGGGCGUGAGCCGUGCCUGGGGCUGUGGGGGCCGCCCGGCUUUUCCCUUCCCGCGGGUUCUGGAUGCGCGGCUGUAGCUUCUCCUCGCGGCUGAGUAGUCGUUUUUAUCUAAACCCCGGUAGCAGCUGUACCCCCGCACUAGUGUCACCCUCUUAGUGACGUUUCAUAUUAAACGGUUUCUCACAGUA